AUGAGUCCCACCCCUCUCUGCCACAUUGUUACACCAGUUGGGUGCAUGGGUUACGGCUUUGACGAGGACUCUUCCGCCAAUGAACUUGCACAACUCGUUCCCAGUGGCGUUCCCACGGCCAUUGUCCUAGAUGCCGGGUCAACUGACAGUGGCCCAGAGAAGCUGGCCCUUGGCACCAUGACUUGCCCUCGCUCAGCCUAUGUCAGAGACUUGACCAAGCUACUGAAGCUCGUACACGCCUUCCGAGUUCCAUUGGUCUUCGGCUCCGCUGGCGGAGAUGGCUCAGAUGAACACGUGAAGUUGAUGGAAGAGAUCAUUGAAGAGAUUUGUGCAGAAGAAAGUAACUCACAAUACUCCCUCAAGACAAUCUCGAUCUUUUCUGGCAUCGACAAGUCCAUCAUCCUCGAACGACUUAACGCCGGCGGAAUUUCCGGCUGUGGGGUUUGUGUGCCCCCCUUAACCUCGAAAGAUGUCACGGAUUCAGCCCGUGUGGUUGCACAAAUCGGACCCGAAGCAUUUGUCGACGCAAUGGAAGCUACACCAGACUUUGACAUCAUUAUCGGCGGAAGAGCUUACGAUCCUGCCCCUUAUGUUGCAUACUCCAUGUAUCAGCUCAAGCUUCAACACACAGGCCUUACUUCCGAGCAAGUUGAGGCAAGACACGGCGGUUUCCUGCACAUGGGCAAGAUCAUGGAGUGUGGUGGGCAGUGCUCGACACCAAAAUCUCAUGGUGCUGUGGCCACCGUCUACGAAAGUGGCAUGUUCGAUGUCAGACCUAUUGUGUCCACAUCACGCUGCACGCCGCUAUCUGUAGCCGCGCAUUCAUUAUACGAGAAUACAAGGCCUGACGUUUUGCGAGGGCCCGGAGGUGCUCUCCAUCUUGACCAGGCGCAGUAUGAGCAGCUCGAUGAUCAGCGUACCGUCCGGGCGCGCGGGGCACGGUUUGUCUCAUCAAGCGCCGAUGGGAAGCCAUAUCAGUUCAAGCUUGAAGCUGCACGCAUUCUCGGAUAUCGAUCCAUUGUUCUUGGCAGUGUCAAAGAUCGUGAGUCUACAGCGAGCUCAGGGACUUUACUAUCAGUGAAUACAUAUAUUCUCAUCGGCCAGCUAGACGAGUUGCUCACGCUUGUCAAGGCUUAUGUGAAGCAGCAGCACAAAGAUGUGCCCGGUAACUGGGAUCUAGACUUCCACAUAUAUGGCAAAGAGCAAAGUACGCCUAAGGGCCCCGGGGAAAUCUUCAUAAUCGCGGAAGCCAUUGCCCCCACUCAAGAACUUGCUACGGGUCUCGUAUCGACAGCGAGGAUUGCAUUGAUUCAUGGGCCAUACGCAGGUCAAAAAGCUACCUCUGGUAACUUCGCAUUUGGGAUUGCUGGAAAACUCGAGAUUGAGACGGGCCCCUGCGCACAGUUCUCGGUGUACCACCUCAUUGACCUCAAGCCGGGUGAAGAAAGACUCUCGACUACAUCAGACAGCCAGGGAAACGCAAGCAUUCUUCGCUCUUCUGUCUCCCGCUUUGGAAAGGGCCAGGGUCCUAAGAGUAGCCAGCCUCUUCCGUCGGACGGCGAGUCUCAGUCGACAGACGGGCUGGCUACGAAUGGCAAGAAAGCCCACAAGAGCCCACAAGAUUACUCUUCAAGUCCAGAGAGCAUCGUAGACCACCCAAAGACGCUUUCAGAUAUCUCCCGGGUCCUGCGUUCGAAAAAUGCGGGUCCCUAUGAGAUCACAAUAGAUGUUAUUUUUGAGUCCGAGUCGAUCUUCAACGCAGUUCGGGAGUCAGGACUGUUAUCUCCUCUACAUGUUGCCGAUGCCCUUAGUAUUUCUGAGGAUGAAAUUGUGUGGACUGGAUUCUUUGAACCAGCUCUAGCAUUCAAGGUGACUAUACCCCGGUUUAGAGGGGGCAAGAAAGCUUCAGCUGGCAGCUUCAUGGAGAAUGACAUUCACGGGUCGCAACAGCAUUUGGGACUUUCAAUUCUGAAGCUUCCGCAAGACUUUGUGGUACUGAAGACUUGA